AUGACGAAUACUCUCACUAAGCAAUAUCCCUUCAGACUCAACAGAAUGCUUAUCAUCAACGACUCCUUCUUCGUACAGACUGUUUGGAACAUAGCGAAGCAGUUCUUGACGGAGGUGCAGCAGCAGAAGAUGCUUUUUAUGAGGUCAGGCUUUGAGGAAGAACUGCUGAAAGAAUAUACCCCAUGGCAGCUCGAAAAAUGUUACGGCGGCACUCGGCCAGAGAUAACGACAUUCUAUCCUUUCCCCGUGGCUCCGGGUCCCUAUGCAAUAGGAAGCGUGCAAGGAGAAGCAGAACCGUAUAAAAAUGCACACAAAGCAGUUGAUAGACUCACCUCUUUCGGAGUUAUCUGGGAAGGAAAUUGCCGUCUCCCCGUGCAGUGGUCCCCUGCUGCUGCAGAAGUCUUUAAAGAACUCUCGCUGCCCCCGCCAGAAAACCUCGCUGCUGCUGCUGCUGCUGCUGGGAGCUCCGGUGCUUGUACACCCGAAAACAAAGAAGAAAACGAAGCAACAAAGACACUGUCCAAAGAGCCUUCGGAUGCAGCAGCAGCGGCAGCAGCAGCACCGGGUGAUGCCGCAGCAGAAGGAACCGCUGCAGAUGCCGAUGCUGCUGCCACUGCGGCUAACGUAGAAGCAAAGAAUGCAGCAGCUGCAGCAGAAACCCCAACGAAAGAAGCAGCAGAAGCGGCAGUUGAGGCGGCCCAAGUACGUCAGAAAUCUCAAGGGCAAGACUCAGCAGCAGCAGAAGCAACAGCAGCAGCAGCAGCAGCAGCAGCGGAUGCAGAGACACCGCAAGGAGGAGAAGACGCGUCUGUGAGCGCACGAGCAGCCGACACCAACACUGAAGGGAGAGAAGAACGUGUAUUAGAGGAGACGAACAAAUUAAAUGCUGCAGCACCCGCUGCCAGCGGCCCCUCUGAACAGGCUGUGGGUUAUGAACUUUCUUCUAAGGCUUUGCUGCUGCUGCUGCUGCUGCCGCUGCAGAGGAUGCAGAACUCUUCUUGGAGUAGCAGGGCAGCACACUCAUGUUAUUGUACUGUGUAA